UAAAUUCAAUUGACAUAAAAGCAAUAUUUUACAGUUAGAAUUUUUCAAGUAACAAAAUAACGUUUCACACGGAAACGAGUGAUAUAAAAGAAAUUGCAUUUUGUGCAGAUCGAAAUAAGUUACCGGCUCAAGUAACGAGUAUUCACAUAAUUAUUUGUCAUUUCGACAGUAUUUAGAUUGUGUUGAAAGAUGUGGUCCGACACGAUACUUAUAGUGUUUAUAUCUAUUUGCACAGCGUUUUUAGGCGAAGGUCUUACGUGGCUUUUAGUGUAUAGAACAGAUAAGUACCAAAAACUGAAGGGAGAAGUUGAGAAGCAAAGCAAAAAAUUAGAAAGAAGGAAGGAAAUACAUGGAGACUCGUUGGAUAAAUCGCAAAAAAAGAAAAUCGAACGCGAUGAAGAAAAACUCAAGAACAAUAAUAGAGAUCUAUCGUUAGUUAAGAUGAAAUCAAUGAUUGCUACUGGUUUUGCUUUUACGGCUUUACUAAGCAUGUUUAAUAGCAUCUUUGAUGGACGUGUCGUGGCGCAGUUGCCUUUUACACCCAUUUCAUGGAUUCAAGGUCUUAGUCAUAGGAAUUUAACAGGCGAUGACUAUACGGAUUGUUCAUUUAUUUUUCUAUAUAUACUUUGCACAAUGUCUAUUAGGCAAAAUAUACAGAAAUUGCUGGGAUUUGCACCCUCCCGGGCGGCUAAUAAACAAGGUGGUGGAUUUUUUGGCCAAACUCCAGCACAAUUUAAGUAGAAUUCGAUUAGAUUCAGCUAAUGAUAAUUUUAUAUUACAAAACUGCCGAAAUGUACAUAGUGCUCUAAGUUACUUUAUUUGGAUUUUAUUUGCUCAUACAUUGGACAUAUGUAUAAUCACGAAAAAUUCUUGGAUGCCGUGUCUUUCAAAUCACAAAUUGUUCUAAGCGUGGGUGUGAAUGGAAUAGAUAAAUAUAAAAAAUUAAAUAAAUUACAAUAA